GCGCAGUGGGUAAGUACAGCACUGCUCUGCGCUAUCCGGCACAGUGAGUCAGCUCAGCUGCCGGGAUCAGAGGCGCCCCGGUUCUCUUGGAUGAAUGAAUGAAUGAGAGAGCGAGGAGACCCUGCAGGAUCUGGAGACAGAGGAACGAAGAUGCAUCUCUGGAGAGACUGUCAUGGAGAAACUGAAGUGAUCGGAGCAAGCUUGUUGACGCAUUUUCUCGCCCGCCCCGCUGGCACUGGGAGGGGGCAGAUCUAGGCUGGCUAAACUCAAAUCCUCCAAAAGAGAUUUACGGAGUGCGUUGCUGCGGGUUCAGCCACCUCAAGAAGACUUAACAGCUCUUUAAUUUUUCGCCAGCAGUUCAGUGAUAAUACCCAUAUUUUGAUGUUUUGAGGAGAUUAGUGCGUUUCGGUGAGUUAUCUGAAGCAGAGGACGCAAUGCGCUUUAAUAAUUAGGAGAGUCAAACCACUGUUGGGAUCGACACUGUCACUGCGUCGCGGACGGGUUUGAGGCGUCCUGAGGUGUGGACCGGACCUGCCCAUACAUCAUAAUCAUAAUCAUCAUCCUCAUCAUCAUUACAGGUAUUUGAUCGUGAUUGUGUUGAUUACACCGGAGAUCUGGAGCCAUGACAGGCCCCCCGCUGGUCCCACAGGCCGCCUGCUGACGGUACCCGGCACGAUGGGAGCAGGUCUGUCGCUUUCAGGAUCCGGAACCAUCCGAUUUAUCAAUGGAGGAGGAGAGUGACACCCGGAAAAUCAACAACAGCUUCCUUCGCGACCACAACUAUGCAACCGAAGCUGACAUUAUCUCAACGGUGGAGUUUAACUCAUCGGGGGAGCUAUUGGCCACUGGGGAUAAAGGAGGCAGAGUGGUUGUCUUCCAGAGGGAGCAGGAGAGUAAGAGCCAGCCCCAGCGUCGAGGGGAGUACAACGUUUACAGCACAUUCCAGAGCCACGAGCCGGAGUUUGAUUACCUGAAGAGUUUAGAGAUCGAGGAGAAGAUUAACAAAAUUAAAUGGCUUCCACAGCAGAAUGCUGCGUACUUCCUGCUCUCCACCAACGACAAGACGGUGAAGCUGUGGAAGAUCAGUGAGAGAGACAAGCGCCCAGAGGGCUACAAUCUGAAGGAUGACGACGGACGGAUACGAGACCCAUCAACCAUCACCUCGCUUCGGGUGCCAGUGCUGCAGCCCAUGGACUUGAUGGUUGACGCUACAGCCAAGCGUGUUUUCAGCAAUGCCCAUACCUACCACAUCAACUCUAUCUCUGUCAACUCUGACCUUCAGACGUUCAUCUCUACUGAUGACCUCAGGGUAAACCUGUGGAACCUGGAGAUCACUGACCGCAGCUUCAACAUUGUGGACAUCAAGCCGGCCAACAUGGAGGAGCUGACGGAAGUGAUCACCUCAGCGGAGUUUCAUCCCCAGCAGUGUCACACCUUUGCCUACAGCAGCAGCAAGGGGUCAAUACGCCUCUGUGACAUGAGACAGGCUGCACUCUGUGACAAACACUGCAAAUACUUUGAAGAGCCAGAGGAUCCUUCCACCCGCUCCUUUUUCUCUGAAAUCAUUUCAUCCAUCUCUGACGUGAAGUUCAGCCACAACGGGCGCUAUCUGAUGACAAGGGACUACCUCACUGUCAAAGUGUGGGACCUUCAAAUGGAGAACAAACCACUAGAGACAUACCAGGUUCAUGAUUAUUUACGGGGCAAACUUUGUUCUCUGUAUGAGAAUGACUGCAUUUUCGACAAGUUUGAGUGUGUCUGGAAUGGAACGGACAGCGUCAUAAUGACUGGCUCCUAUAAUAAUUUCUUCCGAAUGUUUGACCGAAACACCAAACGUGAUGUCACACUGGAAGCCUCCAGAGAAAACAGCAAGCCCAGAGCCAUUCUCAAGCCUCGCAAGGUAUGUGUAGGUGGAAAACGGCGCAAGGAUGAAAUCUGUGUAGACAGCCUAGACUUUAGCAAGAAGAUCCUUCAUACCACGUGGCACCCACUUGAGAAUAUCAUUGCUGUAGCAGCCACCAACAACCUCUAUAUCUUCCAAGACAAGGUCAACUAAAGGGCAGUCUGUCCAUGGUGACCCCUGACCCCAACACAUGUGAAGGGCUGCAGGGAGAGGUAGGGCUGGAGAGAGAUGGAGCCCUUAUCUCUACAUCCUUCUCCUCCUCUCCCUACCUCUUAUUGUUGCUGGUCUUGAAUUUUGCCACUCUGCUGAGGAAGUGCAGAGUUGGGUAUCCAGUGACGGAAGUGGUGAGGUAGACAGUAUGAAUUCUGGGAAGUGGGAAAUGGAUAAACACCUGGAUACAACUUGAGGAAAAGGGUUCCUCAAAAUCAGGAAUGGACUUACAUUCUUCAAUUUGACUUCUUAUUUAAAUUAUUUAGCCAUGUGGACACCUGAAGGAGUGAAUCCUGUGCAUUUAUGCAACAAGGGGAUUGCUGCAUGAAUAAAAUGAUGUAGCAGCCCUCUGGACCCUGAAGAAAAAGGUGGAUGUGGGUGCACCGGACAUAAAACAAAGCACACAGAUGGUUUUUCCCUGUCAUGUCACAACAGUGCCCCCUCUCUUUCAAUCUGUUCAUGCUACACUGCAUGGGAUCGGAGUGUUGAACACUGCAACCUGCUGCAGAAUUCCUUCAGGAGAGGAAGCGACUUCAUCUCUGAAACCUGAAAGUGAGUUUUCUCGGGUUGUGACACAACACGGUCAGUUUUUCUAGAACCAAUUCUGUGUCUCUCUGCUGAGACUGCUGUAGUCUGUAACGUGAAUAAAGCCCUUCCAGGCUGUCGAUGGUUUUAUUUAAUGCUGUUUUAUAGAGUCUUUCUCUUGGUUAGUGAGUCUGUUUAGAAGCUGUGGUGCCUUUUUUUGGUAUGUGGGGGUUUGGUGUAGUGGGUGUUCAGGGGUGGGGGGGACUGAGUCCAUGGCAGGAGUAUGAAUGUUUCAAAUGAAAUGUUAGGAGCUUUUUGUUUGUUUUUUGGUUUGUUUUUUUGUUUGUUUGCUGUCUCUUUCUCUCUUUUUAUAAACUAAAACAAAAAAGCUCCACUGAGAUCCAAAGUGGACAAAGAAGUGCUUGAGGAAACGUGGUCAUGAGUGCAUUAUAGCACAGACUACAUGCUUGCAAGUUCAGGUGAGGAUCCUGUGAUAUAUAUAAAGUUAUGGUUGCGCUUAACACAAAGCUUCCAGUCUGACAUCACUGGUUUGCAGGAGACAUGCCAAACCUACAGUAAAAUAUUUGGCAUAAUUUGUUCUAAAAAAGAUUUACUCACCAUGUUUAUUUGAAUAGUACUGAAGAUGAUCUGUAGAUGGUAGAACUGUAAACUUUUUAUGUCAAAUGUUUUUGAAAGUCAACCUGAGAUUUCUUUGUAUAACAUAAUGCUAGCCUAGCUCUUGAUCUUGUUUUUGCAUGUGUUGGAUCUGAAUCUGAUUACUGUAAACUGACAGCCUGCAUAUAGUUAUCUGAAUGUCUACAGAUCAUCUGAGGCACUAUACAAAAUAUUACUUGCUUUCUCCAGAAGGAGCCAAUUUAAAAAAAAAAAGUUUCAUGUAUGAUUGCUGUGGUGUCUGCCCACGUUUCUCCUCUUGCUUUAGAUGGGUAACGUGGACCGGGUUGUAUUUCAGCACUUGGCUCUGAUCCAUUUGGAAAUCCUUACUGGUGUCAGAUUUGUGUUGAGAACCAACUCCCAUGAAGAAGAGCAAAGGUCUACAUGAACUCUGUGAAAUCAGGGAAUUAUUAAGUGUGAUUCCUUUCAACAGUAGUGUCUUCUAAACAAUAUCCUUCAUGACACUUGUAAUUCAAAUAACAAAACUUUUAUAGCUCAGAAUGUAUUGAAAUGAAAUGAAUUACCGUGCAGUCUUUAUGCUUACUGGACUUUCUUUCAAUAAAAAAAAAAAGAAUUAAAGAUGUGCAAGUUCAAAUCCUGCAUUGUUUGACCUCCUCGGUUUCCUGA